GAAGAAAGUCUCAACUUUCUGGUUUUCUCAAUUUCUGUCUUUUGUCUGCUUUUUUGUUUCCUGUUAUAUUGAUUGACUUAUAUCUUACUAAAAAUGCCGAAAGUAAAACAAAAUAAAAAACGUAAACAUGAUGUUGAAGCCAGAGAAGAUGUAGAAUAUGAGAUAGAUAUUCCUAAAUCGAAAUUCCGACCGUUUGAUGAGAAAGCUCAAGCUGAAGAAGAACAUUUGUCACAUAUCCUUUUUGGAGGAUCCACAAGUUUUCUGCAAUGUCUCGAAGAAGCCGAGCAAGAAGCCGGCCCUUCGCACUCGAACAUUGAUUCUGGAGUAGGCGAAGAUGACAGUAACGACAGUGAUGAGAAUAUACGUAAACCUGCUUGGACUGAUGAAGACGAUGAUGGAAUUGAAGUGGGACAAGCAUUGGACGCCCAAGGACGAAGACUACCUUCCGGAGGUAUCAACAGCCGCAGUAACCAGUACUCUAACUUGCUUAAGCAGAAGUUUCAGGCUGUUGUCGGUACUCCAAAGUGGGCUUCUCUCAACAAACGUAAACACUCCGAAUCAGACUCAGAUGAAGAAAUACUGCAAAGUUGUGGUUUCUUAAAGAAGGGUUCUAAAGAUCUGUUGCCUCCUAAUCUGCUAGAGUUCAAAAAAGUUAAAGACCUGAAUUGUGAAACUUAUUCUGAAGGACCCUACAUUAAUUCUAUUGAAUUUCAUCCAUCGUACAGUGUGGCAUUAGCUGCAGGCAAUAGUGGCAUUGCUAGUUUAUUUGCAGUGGAUGGUAAACGCAAUAAUAAAUUGCAUAGCGUAGCUUUUGAGAGAUAUCCAAUCAUUUGUGCAAAAUUUACAAAAAAUGGGGAAGAAGCUCUCCUAGGCUCUAGAAAGUCUCAUAUUUUUAGUUACGAUCUGCUUGCUGGUAAGUCCUUGAAGAUCAAACUGCCCCAAGGAUUGACUCAGUUCAAAAAUUUCAUCGUUUCACCAAAUAACCAGUGUAUAGCAGCUACAGGAAAAUGGGGAGAAGUACAUCUGCUUUCAUCUGGUUCCAAAGAACAAAUAGGGCUUUUGAAACAAGACUCUGAAGUAUCUGCUCUUGCUUAUAACCCUACAGGGAAUUUAUUGUUUGGUCAUGGUGACACUGGGGAAGUUACAGUGUGGGAUAUGAAUAUGAGACGAGUGAUUCACAAAUUCACCGACGAAGGAUGUCUUCAGGGAACCACCUUAGCAAUAUCUUCUUCGAAUCAAUACUUAGCAGCAGGUUCUGCUCAGGGUGUCGUGAACCUCUAUAACAUGGAGGAUGUUUUGCAGUCUAAUAUACCAAAACCUAGAAAAACGAUAAUGAAUUUAACUACUAGCGUGAAAGACUUGAAGUUCAACCCUUCUUCUGAGAUCCUGGCAUUCGCUUCUACUGAAAUACAAAAUGCUGUUAAACUGUUCCACAUAGGUUCUGGUACAGUUUUUAAUAAUUUUCCAAAUUUCCAAACAAAAAUGGGUCAUAUUAAUGUGUUGAACUUUUCUCCUGGAAGCGGAUACAUUUCUUUCGGUAAUAGGAAGUCUACGGUUUCAUUAUACAGACUGAAACAUUUCCAGAACUAUUAAUUUCAUGUAAUUGUGGUUGUAAAAUUUUUUAAUUCAGGACGAUAUCAAUUCUAACCAUUACAUGUAAUAUAACCUACUUUAGUUGCAUCAUUGUUGAAAACUUAAAUAUUAGAUCAAUUAUCCAAUGUCACUUCAAGGAAAGGAAGAAAUUACUUUUUUGAUACAGUUUUAUUGAUAGAUUCAUAGGCCAGUCUUCAUUCAAAUUUUUUUUCAGCUUCAUUAUUUUUUGAGCUUUCUGAUUCAACCUUGAUAGUAAUAUUUUUUGCUGUAAUGUUUUCAAUAAUGUUGCAUCCUUAGAUAAUUUUGUUACCAUUUAUUGUAUUGAUAUAUAAAAAAAACUUUUCAUAUAUGUGGUACCUUCGUUCUGAAUAAGGUUAACCUGAAUAUAUAAAGAUGCAUUUCCUGAAAAUUAUUAAUAUCUUAAAUGUAAAUUGAAACACUUCAGCAUCAUCAGGAGAUGAUGCUGAAGUGUUUAGUUUUAGUCAUCUCUUGAUGAAGUAUUCCAUUAACAAAUAUUACUGCUGCAUGUGUGCUCUUAAUAUUAAUUUUAUUUUCCCAAAUAUUGACAAAAGAGGAAAACAAGCUGUAAUUUCCAUGAGAUUGAAGACAUUUUUCUAAAAAAAAUUGAAAUUGUUGUACCCGUGGUUGGUAACACCCACUAGUAAAAUGCAGUUCUUUGAGAAUGUCAAAGUGCUCUCUUGGAAUCAAAAAGACAUGAGAUGUAUUUGUUUUUGUAAGGUGUAUACAUUUUUUUCAAAGUAAAUGUUAUUACCAAAAUAUGAAAAUUCUAAAAUUGUCCGUAUUCUAAUGGAAAAUGAGUAUUUCAAUGUAAGAAAGAUGAAAUUGAUUUAACGUUUUUGAGAAAAAAAAUCAUUCAAGUAUUAUUUUCACCCUGUGUUGAAGUAGCUUGUGAUACCCCACUUUUUGGAACUACAUUUCAAGUAUACUCCACAUGGAAGCAACAUGAAAAUACGACGGCGGAAAAUAUAUUUUCGAGUGCCCACUGGCUUAGCAACUCUUUUACAACUUAUGAGUAUAAAUUCAGAAAUAAAAUGAUACCUUAUUAAACCAAAUGUGAGGGAUUUAUAAUUAUACUUCAAAUUUGUUUCACAAAAAAUUGGAAUAUCUAUCGAAAUAUCAAUAUUACUGAUAUGUAUGUGAAGAGAAUGAAGACAUGGACGCAGCAGGUUGUGCCAGGUGCUUUAAACAAAGAUGGGCCUUUUUCUUCCCAUUUUACUGUAUAUACAGUAAUAUUGGAAUCAUUUUGUGGCUUCUAUGAAAAUUGUAGCCAAAAUUCCUAUGUUGAAUAACGUGGUUAAAAUAAAACACUACCAUAAUUUUCUGUACUUCACAUCUUUAUUGAAUAUAAUUACAAAGAGACAAAGUAAGGAAGAGUGAAAGACAAAAUUUCAUAUUCAAUUUUUGUAAUGUCAAUGAUUAUUAACCGUUUCAAUACUAUUUUAAAUCAUAAUAUUGGAUUGUGAUGUCUUCAAUUGAAGCACAAUCCCUUUUUCCAUAACUUCUUUGUAGCCAGUGUUUCUUGUGCCUCCCAACUUUCAUCAUUGAAGUUAAGUGAGAAAGUAAUGAGAACAUUAUUAAUUAACCUGUUCGUAAACCUUGUUUUUUUUUAUAAUAGUUGAAAAGUUAUUGAGGAGACUUAUCAGCAGUACACAAAAAUUCCCGAUUUCUUCUAUUGGUAUAGAUAUAGUUUUCCAUUAGCAUCACGAGAGUGAAAAGCUGCAUGGCAUUACUCUAAUAGUAAUUCUUGGCUGAAUUAGUAACAUGCUAGAUAUGUUCGAUAAUUUUUAUAAAUGAAGGCUUUAUCUGCAAUGCACUGUAUAUAUUCUGGGUUAGGUACAAAUUCAUUCUGCACAUUGUAGGUGUAAAUAGUAUGUAGGUUGAAUAUUCAUCAUCUUUUCUGUUAUUGAAAAUAGUUUGAUAGUUUAUUUUUGUAAACUACUAAUAAACAGUGUUUAGGAGC